AUGGGCUUCGGGUUCGUGCUGCGCGUGGCGGAGCUGGAGGCUCGGCUUCUGGGCGCUGCGAGCGCCGACACCGAGGUGCGGUCGGAGGCCAUCGCCUUCGGCUUCGGGCUGAAGGCGGGCUGGCGGCUAGCGGUGCUCCAGACCGAGCGCGCGGAGUCCGUGCAGAAGCAGAGCGAUGGCCCCGUGGGCUGCGACAUCGGCGUGAACGGGGGCGUGGCGAGCGACGGCCCCGUGUGCGUCGACAUCGAUGUGAGCGGGGGCGCGGUCGAGUCCCAGUGCGGCGUGGAGAGCCGCGGCCCCGUGUGCGAAGAGGUUUCCGCAGCUGGCGCCGGCAAGAACUUCGACGCGAGCGGGGACGUGCGCAGGGACUUCACGCCGCAGCUCGGCGGCGCCAUGGCGCACGCUGUCGAGGAGCAGGUGGCCGCUGGCGGCUUGAGCUCGGAGGACUUCGAGCUCGCGUGCCCAGGCGGCCACGAUCUCGCCUUGCGCCGGCGACCACCUUUCGCCUUCGCGUGCGAGUGGACGGAAGAGGAGAGGGAGGAGAAGGAAGGCUCCCCCGCGCUCGCGGCCCUCGUGGUGUGCGCCGUGGCCUACGGCGCCUCGCAGGCCUUUUCGCUCGCCCGGGCACGGCCGGGCGCCGCAGCGCGCCACAGGCAGCCCCUGAGCCUGCGGAGGGCCGAGGCCGCCGCCGAGGUGGCCUCGAAAACGGGCGAUGUGGAGAACUACGAGUUCCAGGCCGAGGUCGGAAAGGUUAUGGACAUUAUCGUGAACUCGCUGUACUCCAACAAGGACGUCUUCCUCCGCGAGCUCGUGUCCAACGCUGCCGACGCGUGCGACAAGAAGCGGUUCCUCGCCCUGACGGAGAGCGACGCACCGCCGGAGGCGAUGAAGCUGCGGAUCACGACCGACAAGGACCGACGAAGCGCACCCUGA